AUGGACUUCCUGUCGAAAUCUUUCAUGGCUCCCUCGAGCUCGCCAAGUCCUUUCUUCAACAAGUCGACGCUGCCACUCAUUGCAACUAUUGUCGGUCUUUUUCUCUGUUAUGUUGUUCAUCGCAGCAGCAGGAAGGAGAAAAUACCAGUUGUGAGAUGCUGGCCGUCAUUCCUCCCCAAAGUCUUUGACCGGUUGAGUUACAACAGCCAGGCACCCCAACUUAUCAAAGAUGGGUAUCAAAAGUACAGAGGUCAGCCUUUUAGACUGCUUAAAAUGGACAUGGACCUGGUCAUCAUUCCGCUCAAAUAUGCUUCCGAGCUACGAGCAGUCACAAAUGACAAGUUGGACCCUUUGACAGCGAGCUUUGAUGACAAUGCUGGCGCCGUCACGAGCAUUCUUCUCGGGAGCGAACUGCACACCCAUGCCAUACAACGGCGCUUGACUCCCAGGCUUCCGAAAAUCAUCCCAAUGAUGAUGGACGAACUUAGGCUGGCAUUUACGCAAGUCUUGCCUACGCAAAAUGGUUUGUGCAAUUUGACCAUGAUAUUGAAGCACACGGAAAAUUCUGACAGUCAUGGAUUCAUAGAUGCUUGGAUUGCUGUAAAUCCAUACGAAAUGGUUCUUCAUCUGGCUACUCGUGCUGCGGCACGGGUGUUUGUGGGAGAACCAACUUGCAGGGACGAGAUUUUCCUCAAAACAACCGCUUCCUACAGCCGCAACGUCUUUGAUAGUAUCUCCACCUCCCGUCAGUUCGGAAGCUUGCUGACGUCUUGCUUUGGGACUUGGGUUCCGGCGGUGAAGGAGGCUCGCGACCAACUACAAUACAUCCAGCAACUCCUCGGUGCAGAAGUAAACAGACGCAAGAGUUGCCCUGAAGAGCAGCACGACGAUUUCCUUCAGUGGUGCAUGGACCUGGCAAGAACUGAAGAAGAAGCGCAACCAGAGGCCCUCGCCCAUCGCACCCUCGGGAUUUUGAGCAUGGCCGUCGUCCACACAACUGCCAUGGCGAGCACGCAUUUACUCUUCGACAUGAUUUCGAGCCCGGAUCUAACGAGCAGUCUUCGGGAAGAACAACAGUCUCUGCUGAAAGAUGGCUGGAUGGGCAUCUCGCAGGAGUCGAUGCUCGACAUGAAGCUGCUGGAUAGCUUGAUGAGAGAAUCGCAGCGGCUCAAUCCAGUCGGAGAGUUUACUUUCAGGCGUCUUGUCCGGAAACCCGUAACGCUAUCUGACGGUUACCAAUUGGAGCCCGGUCAACAGAUCGCGCUUCUGGCGAGGUCUAUUCAUAUGGACGAGGAGAUCUUGCCUGAUGCAGCUUCGUUCAACCCACAAAGGUGGCUUAAACAAGAGAAUUCCGCACCGACGGCAUUUUCCAACAGCAGCACUUCCAAUCUCAAUUUCGGCCUCGGCCGAUAUGCCUGUCCGGGACGAUUUCUCGCGGCUUACACGAUCAAGGCCAUAAUGAGCCGACUUCUACUCGAUUAUGACUUUAAAUUGCAGGGGGAGUUUCCCAUGGGGCGUCCCCCCAAUAUGCUUCACGGAGAUAGAAUCUUUCCGAAUCGCACGGCGGUUGUCCUCCUACGUCGCCGCAACACUGUCGCAUCUAAAGCUUGA